AUCGUCCUCCAAAGUGUCUGCAAGCUUCCGUUUGCUGCCCUGUUGCUUCCCGUCACACCAUCGCUACACAAGCCCCACUGAUUAGGGUUUCAAGCCACCCUGCCAUCUCCAUGCGUUGCCAACAGAGAGUCGUUUCCUCCACCGAUCAUUCGAAUGCACGCUCUCGAGCCAAUCCAACUCUCACUGCGAAAUUGCAUGAGUGGUUGUUGUUAUUGUUGUUGAUCCAGCGGUCUCGGGUGGGAACGGGGUGUCGCAAGAGUUUCGGUCGCCCUUCUUGUUUGGUGUUUGGUGUUUCGGGUUUCUGAUAACGAGGAGAUUAUUCGGAGCGGGGAGAUUAUGGCCAGAAAAGCGGUGAUUCUAAGGUCCAUGAACUUGGAAUAGGUAUUGGAUGGAGUGGUUUGAUCGAGUGUGCGCUCGCUGAAGUGGUACAAGUCACGCUCAUUGAGGGUGGUGCGCUUGCGGAAGAGUGAAAUUUAUAUCAUAGUUGGUAAAUUUUGGGAGCAGUGUUGUUGGUGGUUGAGUUGAUGUAAGGUAGAGGUGAAGGAAGUUUUGUUGUAGAGUUGUGGAGGGCUUUGCGGCCUUGUGUCUGCGUGGGCGGCUGUUUGGGACGUGUUGAUGCCGUCGGGGCACGGAGAAUCACGGAGGUUAGAUGCAUGGGUGGGUGGAUUCAGAGAUAUCUGCUGUUUUGUUGGCAUUGAUCGUUAUAGUUGUUGUGUCGUUGGCGUUCGCACAUCAAGUGACCUCGAGAUCAAGUCGAAGGCUGAAGAAGAGUCAGAGGAUCGCGGGCGACGUUGGAGUCAUUGUUCAGAGAGAGGAGCAAUUUGAAGCAGAUCGCAAGUCGAUGUUGGGCACAAGUAACUGCGUUGUAUGCCAGAAGUCUGCCACUCCGCAUCGGUGCUCAAAAUGCAAGUCCGCGAAAUAUUGCUCAUCUGAAUGUCAAAAGCUUCAUUGGAGAAGUGGACACAGAAACGAAUGCCAUGUACCUGUAUCUAGCCGCCCUAGUGGCUCAGGAGGUGAGAGCGUAGCCGUUUGCAAUGGUAAGCAUCCGGAGACGUCGAAGAGCGGGGUUUCGACAACCGUGUUGAACCCUAUAAGUUUAGGAAUUUUCAAAAGUGAUAGUAACAAGUCGACUUCGGUUAAAAAGUCAUCGCCAAGUCAGGUGGCCAAGAUUCCAGGAAAUGCUCUUACAAAAGAUGGAAGUCUUCCAAGGCCUAAAUCACUUUUAUUCUCUUACGACGACUUUGUGAAGCUGUUUGAAUGGGAUGCUCUAGACGAACCUUGUGGUUUGGUUAAUUGUGGGAACAGUUGUUUUGCGAAUGUAGUUCUUCAAUGUCUCACAUAUACGCGACCACUUACUGCGUAUCUACUGAACGAUUCUCAUCGUGAAGUUUGUAGGAGAAAUGAUUGGUGUUUUAUGUGUGAGCUUCAAAGUCAUGUUCGUAAAGUUAGAGAGACUCAAAAUCCAUUCUCCCCAAUACGGAUUCUUUCUCGCAUUCGAAGUAUUGGCAGCCACCUUGGUUAUGGAAAACAAGAAGAUGCUCAUGAGUUCAUGAGGUUCGCCAUCGAUUCCAUGCAAUCCACUUGCUUGGACGAAUUUGGAGGAGAGAAAGCUGUUGAUCCCGCAACUCAAGAAACCACCCUCAUACAUCAUAUAUUUGGUGGUCAUCUUCAGUCCCAGGUUAAAUGUAUGGAAUGCCAUCAUGAAUCAAAUCGCUAUGAGAGUAUGAUGGAUCUUGCUGUGGAAAUUCAUGGUGUUGUUGAAUCAUUGGAGGAUGCCAUUGCUCAAUUUACAGCGGCUGAGAUGCUGGAUGGUGAUAAUAAAUACAAAUGCGAUCGUUGUAACGCGUAUGUGAGAGCUGGAAAACGGCUGACUGUGCAUGAAGCUCCUAAUAUUCUUACCAUCGCGCUCAAACGAUUUCAGAGUGGAAAGUUUGGGAAGUUAAACAAGAGGGUAACAUUCCCUAAAACUCUAGAUAUGUCUCCAUAUAUGAGUGGGACCAACGAUGAUUCUCCUCUUUACGGACUAUACGCAGUGGUGGUUCAUGUGGACUUGCUUAAUGCUUCAUUUUUUGGGCAUUAUAUCUGCUAUGUGAAGGACUCAAAUGGCGUGUGGUACAAGAUUGAUGACAGUAAGGUAAAAGAAGUGGAGUUGGAGAAAGUUCUUGCCCAAAAAGCUUACAUGCUGUUUUAUACCAGGUACUCUUUUGGGUCAGGAGUACGGAAGGCACCUAUGACCCAGGGACAUCCUCCUGCAAUCCUUGCAAGCCCACAGUCAGCCUCUAAGAAGAUAAGCACUUCAGUAUGCCUGAAACCUGAAAGAAGCUCAAUAUUUCCGCCUACACUUGGAGCAGUAGCUGUACCUACAGAUUUACUCCAGGAUUACUCCAAAGACACUGAGCUAAUUGGGUUGAAACAAUUCGAAGACAAGGCUAGAGGCUCUGAUCGCAGUACCCUGCAAAAUCCUGGGGAAAUUAUUCAAGGAAAAGGAACUGAAGAUUCUACAAAGGAGAACGGUGCGGCAGACCCAGUUCCCGUAAGUACUUUUGCGUGUCAAGAGGAGAUACUUUUAGAGGAAGCGAGAUCUUCUAAUGACUCUUUCAGUGCUUCAAAUAUUGCAUCUACUUCACAAACUCUGAAUGGCCAUUUCUCAUCAAAUGGCAAUCUUGUUCCGAAUGGCCUGUCUUUGGAUGCAACCAAUGAUGGUCUGGAUUGGAGGGAGAACAAAUUUACACCCGACAAACUUUCACCACUUUCUACCUCGAAGCGUUUGGGUGUUGACCAGCUGGAAGUUUAUCCAUUGGUGGAUAAUGGUAGUUUCUCCCCUCGUCCUCAGGUGGAUGACUUUGGGAGAACCUUAUCAUUACCUAGAGAAUGGGCUGGUGGCAUCAAUGAUUUGUUCUCAUCAAACUCACAUUCUGGGAAUUCGGAGUAUUCGGCAGACUCCAGCCCAUCUGGUGCUAUUGUCGAGAAGGAAAGACGGAGUUUAAAUGAAGCAGAUGUCUGGAAUGAUGUUACCUCUGAUAGGACUAAACGGCAACAUACUGAAGAUUCUUCUGAGAAUUUAGGAUCUGCAGACGCUCAUAUGAACGGAGAUUCUCAGCACAUGGAUAUUGAUGAAGGAAAUACUUCUAUUGUGGACGUCGUCCUGCAUCCACACAGGUCAAAUGAAGCGCUAACCGGUGACGGUGCAGGAUGUUCAUCGAUGUUGUUGGAUGUUUGCCAAAUGAGCGAUAACGGAGGGCUUCCCCAGUCAUCAAAUUCUCUGUUGGAGUUAGAGUCUCUCUAUUCCCAAAGUACUCUUGAAUUGAUGCCGUCUAUAAUAACGCAUGGAGCUGGAAUUGAACCUAUGGAAAUCGCAGAGUCUUCUCCAUUCCUAUCGUCUCCUCAUCGAGGUCGUGUGCUUAUUGAGGAACUCCCAGGGCCUGUAUUAAACGGUGGAAACGAUAUGUGCACGGCGAAAGUGACUGAGAGUAACAUGCCGACUCGUGAAGAAACGCAUGAUGUAGGAGUUAUACAGGAUGAUAUUCCUUGUCUGGUUGCUAAGUCACCUCUUGCUAAACCCGCCACACCUCAGGUUCAUGAAGGACCUACUGUGCAACAACAGGAUACGGCAGGACACUUGAUGGGAACAUCUAGAGCGAAGGUGCAUGUUACCGUCGUGGAGGCCAGUAAUGGAGUUAAACCGACUACUGACACGAUCAAUACCGUUAUUACAGGCGAGGAACGGAUUAAAAGCAGUGUAUCAGCUUUGGAUGUUAAACGUACCAAUCAAACUUCAAAACCACUAUUCUCUCCUGGCUUUCUGAUCAAGAACUCAAGACCCACCUCAGGGAAACCUCUGAUCAGGAGUAAUGAUGCAGUUGCAAAUGGUAGAGGUGGUGAGGAGAACGGUCAUGGUCAUUCCAUCGAGACAAGCCGGGGUCUGUCAAAUGGAAGACCUGCCUCGGUACCUGUCACUAAUGGUACUGAAGGUGGUCCUCUAAGUUCAACCACAAAUGGUGAAUCGAGCUGUCAGGUGACAAUUAAUGGGGCCCAUAACGAUGGGAAUCCUAAAUCAAGAAAAAAACCGAAGGACCCUCCUUUGGAUAGUGGGAGAGAAAAUGAUCCUAUGGAUCGAUCUCGAAGCUUGAAGCACAAGCAAGUAAAGCAAGGGAGGAAUGAUAGUUGCGGUUGUGGAUCUCAACAGAAAUGGAAGAAGUGCUGUGGAAGAGGCACUGUCCUCAAAGGACUUGCGUCCAAGCAAGUUACUGUGUGAUUAUCCUAGUAGUGACUACUUCUUAUGGAUCAGUACUUGCCCUGCAUCAUUGUGGUGAGUGUCCACGGCAUUGUGUCUAUGGACCCGUCCGAUUGAGACAUUGCCUCAACGAAUCUAACUUUGUGACAACUCGGAUAUCGUAUACCUUGGUUGUGUGUUCUUCACUUGACGAUGCUCUUGCGGCAAGAUGACUUGUGCUUCUAGAGCAGAGCCUGGCGAUUGUUCAUUCCAGGAAUUUACCGACAUCCGAUGGACAUGAUUUCUUCACUGAAUGCCUGUAGUUUGUCUGUGUAUAGUCAACAGAACAGGUGAACAUUUUGCAAAUGCUAAUCGGAUCAUAGACUAGUGAGAUGAUUGAUAAUGAGUACAUUUAAUUAGCGCGGGAGAUAAAAAGACUGCCAUUGAACUAAUAUUCUACCUAUUUUAGGACUUUUGUAAAGUCAAAUUGCAAAUUUUUUCUUUUUCCA